CCCCACUGGUGGGCGAUGCCAUCCUCGGCAACCAGUCCACGCUCCGCAUCCGAAGCGACUCCUGGUCCAAGGCCGAAGCGGACUCUCGCUUCCUGCGGACGAACGAUCUGGGCCCCCUAGACGCCAGGUACUUCCCGAACACGCCGGGCGCCGAAGGCAGCGGCAUCUUCAACUUGGUCCAGACCCAGUUCACUCCCGUCGUGAUCCGGAACCUGCUCUGCCAGACUCCGCUCUCCGCCCAACCCAUCCUGGGCAACGGCAGCACCCUGCAAAUCAGCUGCGACUGCUGGUCCAAGGGUCAAUCGGACGGAAGGUAUCCGUUGAUUGCGAACUUUAACUCCCUGAGCCAGCGUGUCACGGACCUGGAGAACGCCCCCGGAGUGGAUCCCACGGCAGACCUGACGGUCAACAGCCUCACGGCCACCAGCUUCGUGGACACGCCACUGCUGCAGAGUGCUGCCGCGGACCUGCAGAUCCGGAACGCCACCACCACCAUCCGUGCCGAAGACGGCACCCUGCUGGCCAGCUUCGCGACUGGCAGCAUAGGCCUGGAGCAGGACAUCACCGUCCGGGUCAACCGGACCCUCAACGCCACCACGCCGGAUUUCGCCCAGUUCUUUGUAGGCUCCACGGCAGCCACCGGGACCUUUGCGAGCAGCAGCUCCAUCACGGCCACGCAACAGAUCGAGAGCGACCUGCGGGUGCAGGCACCGCUGGUGCGCAGCGAGCCGGCGGCACCGCUGCUCACGAUCCAGGGCGGCACCAACGGAGUGCUCGUGGACGACACCCUGCGCAUCAACGGGGUCCUCGCCCCCGAGGCGUCGCUGCCCUUCCUGAGCCUGUCGGGCGGCACCAGCGGCGUGCAGGUGCUCAGUCCGCUGCUGGAGCAGAUCGCGGUGGGGCCCACCAACGGCACUGUCGGGGUGGUGGUGCGGAAUGCUGCGGCGACGGGAGAGGCUUCUUUGCUGCUAGACGCCAACAACCAGAACGACGUGGCCGAACUGAAGGUGCUGGCGGGCGGGGGCGUGAUCUUCGGCUACGGCCACCUGAACGCCUCGGACCGGCGGCUCAAGGAAAACAUCCGGCGCGUGCCGGAUCAGCACGUCCAACGGCUCUUACUACGACCGGAUCGGGGAGGCAAGGACCAGCUUGGGUUUAUUGCGCAGGACGUGCAGGCUGCCGGGAAGCUGGGCAAGACCCUGUGCAAGACCAUGAGUGGUCCAGAAGAGCUGCUGGCUCUGGACUAUCAGAAGCUCUCGGUGGUCCUGUGGGGCGUAGUCAAGAAACUGCAAAAGCGGACGACAAGCUGGAGCGAGGCUGUCAUGAACCGAGCAUCCGAGCAUAACUUGGUCGUGCUGUCGACAAAUGGUCAAUGUGCUGGAAGCAUCGUG